AUGCAUGUUCCCACAAGUUCGAUUGGCACAGUAUGCAAUUUACCUGUUUCACCUUCACUGCCCGCUUCAGGGAAAAGGAGAGUAAAGCUGGCAUGCAGCCCGUUGGCU